AUGGCGACAGAAUGGAGCGGGCAGCAGGGUUACAUUCUCACUGUCAUCAUAUUCCUGUGGAGCGCGGUCGGCGGCCGCACGGAGACCGCGGCGUCCGGCGUCAGCAGCGGCAGCCAGGUGCUCGGCAUGCGGCUGGAGAGGAGCGACAAGCCGGCCGGCACCAAUGACGACGGUGUCAUCCAGGUGACUGAGGAGAGCGCCGUGCAGCUCCGGUUUUACGGGGUGCAGCUCCACUCGGGCGCCUGGACGCAGAUCCGCUUCACGGAGCUGGCGGACGGCGGCGGCGGCGGGGACGAAGCGGAGGAUGAGGAGGAGGCGGCGGUGGCGGCGGCGAGGGGCGGCAGCGGCGGCAGCGGCAUGAUGGUGAUGGAGCCGCCGGACAGGACUUGUGUUGAUUUCACGAAGGACAUCAGCGUCGAGACCUUCAUGAACGUGAGCAGUCGGGGCACGUCGGGGCUGCUCACCGUGCACAUUAAGCCGCUCCGCAAGAGCGAGCCGCGGAAGGAGUACGCCCUGUGCACGCGGAGCGCGGACGGGAGCAGGUGGGUGCUGCUGGGGGACAGUGAUGGCAGGGUGCUGGUGGUGGAGGAGAAGAAGUCGCUGCUGCCCAUGUGGCUGCAGGUGAUCCUCAUCUCGUGCCUGCUCGUGCUCUCCGGGAUGUUCAGCGGGCUCAACCUGGGGCUCAUGGCGCUCGACCCCAUGGAGCUGCGCAUCGUGCAGAGCUGCGGCACCGACAAGGAGAAGAAGGACGCGCGGAAGAUCGAGCCCAUCCGCAGCAAAGGGAACUACCUGCUGUGCUCUCUGCUGCUCGGGAACGUCCUGGUCAACACCACCCUCACCAUCCUCCUGGACGACCUGACCGGCUCCGGGCUGGGCGCGGUGGUGGCCUCCACCAUCGGCAUCGUCAUCUUCGGGGAGAUCGUCCCGCAGGCGCUGUGCUCGCGCCACGGGCUGGCCGUGGGCGCCAACACCAUCCUGCUCACCAAGUUCUUCAUGUUCCUCACCUUCCCGGUGUCCUUCCCCGUCAGCAAGCUGCUGGACGUCCUGCUGGGCCAGGAGAUCGGCACCGUGUACAACCGGGAGAAGCUGGUGGAGAUGCUCAAGGUGACGGAGCCCUACAACGACCUGGUGAAGGAGGAGCUCAACAUGAUCCAGGGCGCGCUCGAGCUCAGGACCAAGACCGUGGAGGACGUCAUGACCCCCAUCGCGCACUGCUUCAUGAUCCAGGCGGACGCCGUGCUGGACUUCAACACCAUGUCUGAGAUCAUGGAGAGCGGCUACACGCGCAUCCCCGUGUACGACGACGAGAAAACCAACAUCGUGGACAUCCUGUACGUCAAGGACCUGGCCUUCGUGGACCCGGACGACUGCACCACCCUGAAGACCAUCACCAAGUUCUACAACCACCCGGUGCACUUUGUGUUCCACGACACCAAGCUGGACGCCAUGUUGGAGGAGUUCAAGAAAGGUAAAUCCCACCUGGCCAUCGUCCAGAAAGUGAACAACGAAGGGGAGGGAGAUCCGUUCUACGAGGUGCUGGGAUUGGUCACGCUGGAGGACGUCAUCGAGGAGAUCAUCAAGUCGGAGAUCCUGGAUGAGUCUGACCUUUACACAGACAACAGAAACAGGAAAAAGGUUGACUCCAAUAAAAACAAGCCCGACUUCUCGGCCUUCAAACAAGAUGCCGACAGUCACGUGAAGAUCUCUCCUCAGCUCAUGCUGGCAGCUCAUCGUUUCCUGGCUACAGAGGUGUCGGUGUUCAGCCCGUUCCAGAUCACAGAGAAAGUCUUACUGAGGGUCCUCAGACAUCCGGACGUCAUCCAGGAGCUCAAGUUCAACGAGAACGACAAACGUUCACCACAGCACUUCCUUUACCAGAAAGGCAAACCUGUCGACUACUUCGUCCUCAUUCUGCAGGGCCGAGUGGAGGUGGAAGCAGGAAACGAAAACAUGAAGUUUGAAACCGGCCCCUUCUCGUACUAUGGAGUGAUGGCUCUGAGCUCACCAUCUCUGGCCGUCACCCCUCCUCUCUCCCCAUCAGUGGCGUCCCCCCCUCCACGACGCCUCUCUCUUAAGAGGUUUUCUCUGUUCUCUCGUUUCCCAGAGUUUCGUUCUCCGUCACACGGGGGCAACCUAAACCGCUCGGCGUCUCUGAGCUGCACUGAGCGCGCUCCAGAGAGCGGCUCUGUCAGCGGGAGCAUUAAUCAGAUCCCAGGAACCCCCUUCCAGUACGUACCAGACUUCUGCGUACGAGCUCUCACAGACCUGCAGUUUGUCAAGAUCACUCGUUCUCAGUACCAAAACGGCGUCCUGGCGUCCAGGCUGGACAGCACGCCACAGUCUCCAGAGGGCAGUCACACUCGCCUGGACACAUCUGCCUCUUUGCCUCCUGUGACGCCACCAGGGACCCGCUUCCCACUGCCGCUGGCCACACCUCCUGCAAAGCGCCCGCCCUCCAACACUCAGCUGCCGCCACCAAGCAGCCGCGGAGCUCUGCCCCAAACCACCACCUCCUCCUCCGGCCGCAGACCGAGCCAGUGUCUGCCUCAAGGCACCCCGCCUCCGAGCAACCACACCCCCCUCUCCCAAACCCCUCCGUCCUCCCUGAGCUCAGCGCCGUGCACCUUUAACCUCCACCCGACUCUGCCCUCCUCCAAGCUCCAGCAGUCGCCGCCCUCUGCUGGCUCGGAGAACGGGCCGGGAGAGACCACCACUCUGCUCAGUGAGCAGCAGAACUGUGUGGGCCCCCGCAGGCCCAGCAACAGCCAGGCACACCCCCACCCACAGGUCCACACCAUCACUCACGCACACACUGAAAGCACCAUCUAACUUAACAAGUCCCCGCGGGGAAACUAAACUACCUGUGCACUCACUCACACACACUGGCACUACUUCCUGUUUCCUGUUUGCUCGUUGUCUCCUGAACUUUUCUGUAGACGUCUGAGGCGAGCUGAGGAUCAGCUCCUCAGAUGCUCCUGUAUCCCGUCCUGCAUGUCCCCCUCCCAACACUGACACACAUCAGAAUAGACUACAAAGAUGGCGGAGGGAACACCAGUGAGUAUGACUGGAGAUACAGAUGGGGCUGUGUAUGUGUGUGUGUGUGUGUGUGUGUGUGUGUGUGUGUGUGUGUGUGUG